CAGAACACAGUACAAUAUUCUAAUGCAUGCAUUGUGAAUGCAAAAUUGCGUUGUUGUCCGAUAACAUCUCUGAUUGUGAUUGUGACCGUGCUACACGCAUGCAAACUCAUCUAAGUUAGCGACAAUUCGACAGUACAUUUAAUUAAUUCAUCUCUUUUCAUACAAAAGGACUCGAAAUGUUAUCAGUUAUCAACAAAUUCCUGGACUGGCUGAAAAGCCUUUUCUGGAAGGAAGAAAUGGAGCUUACUUUAGUCGGUCUUCAGUAUUCUGGAAAAACUACAUUCGUCAAUGUGAUUUCGUCUGGACAAUUUAAUGAAGACAUGAUCCCCACAGUAGGUUUCAACAUGAGGAAAGUUACAAAAGGAAAUGUCACAAUAAAGCUUUGGGACAUUGGAGGUCAGCCUAGGUUUAGGAGUAUGUGGGAGAGAUACUGCAGAGGGGUCAAUUGUAUUGUGUAUAUGGUAGAUGCAGCUGACCAUGAAAAGUUAGAAGCUUCAAGGAAUGAACUGCACAACUUACUGGACAAACCACAACUCCAAGGAAUACCGGUUCUGGUGCUGGGUAACAAGAGAGACAUUCCUGUAGCAUACGAUGAGAAAGAACUCAUAGAGAGGAUGAACUUAUCAGCGAUUCAGGACCGAGAGAUCUGCUGUUAUUCCAUCUCGUGCAAAGAGAAAGAAAAUAUUGAUAUCACAUUGCAAUGGCUGAUACAGCAUUCAAAGUCAGGGGGCAGUCGCUAGGGAGCUCUAUCUCCUUCUCUCAAACAGCUUCAAUGGCGAGAAGACCAAUAUAAAUAUUCAUAACAUUAUAAUUAUUGUCUAUUGUGUAUAUUAUGUUAGAUAAAUUGGGGGGAAAGAUGGAAGAAAUUUAUAAGGAGAAAACAGGAGCAGAUAUGAAUGGCCAGGUAAUAUAUGACUGAAAAAUUAUCUUUGUGUUUUUUAUGUAACUUUGCUUUUUUCUAUAUUUCAAGUUGUCCAGUUAUACAUGUUGCAAACUCCUUUUUUUUGUUAGCUGCUUCUCUUCAACCUGAUUUCUAUGAAUUUGUAAUUUUCUUGUCAAAAUUUGGAGUAAUCUUCAGUAAUUUUGAUUAGAUAUACUGUAUAUCAUGUUAUCUUCAAAGGAUUAUUUAUGCCUGUUGUUGCCAUAAGUACAUUCAGUCCAAGAUGGUAAAUACCUUUGUAGAGGUUAAUAUAUUGCAUGUUUUAUAGAAUAACACUAUGUCUACAGCAAAUAUGUCUUUUGAUAGACUUACCAUAUCAAACUUUAUUUUCUUGUCAGGGCAAAAUUGUUUUCACAAUGAGACAACCAGAUGAUUAUAUUAAUGUCAUGCUUUACUGAUAGGGCGUAUGUUGACAACUUAGGUACGUGUUUUAGUAAUGAUGUAGUUUGUAUUCUAUGCAAGAGUUGAAUAUGAAUGGGAGAUAGCAGCAUAAUUUUCAGUCUCUUUGCCAGGCACAAAUUGAUUUCUGAAGGAAAUUAUCAAGCCAGUAUGAAACAGUGUUUCUUGCAUACAUUAUGUAACAUACCCCAAUACUAAUAGGAAUAUUUGCAGAACUCUUCUUUUUUUUGGGGGGGGGGGGAGGUGUGAUUCAUGAAAACUAAAAAUGAUCAAAUGCAUGUCAAUGAAUUACAUGUAGAUGUCUUUAUAUGUAGGAAUGAAAUUUCUGCCCUGUUUAAUAUUCUUAAGUCUCUUCAUCUCAUUAUGCUCCCCUUGUUUCAUCUUGUACUGUGUAUUCUAGACAUUGUGUACAGUGAUUGCUUGCUUAUUAGUCUAGUUGAGACUGUAAUUAACAGUGGCUCUGAUAAUAAGUGCAAUCUGGAGAAGAAAAAUUCUGGAAAGAUCCCAUUUUGGAACGGGAUAUAUAUGUACAUAUAACCCACCCCAGCAUAGCUAAUACUGGUAUGUGUUGUCAUAGAGUUUUAGGUUUAAGAAUAUCAACAAUGAAGACAGAAAUGUACAUUAGCGUGUAAAUCAAUCUUUGAAGAGCAUUUAAUCGUAUAUGAAGAUUAUUGUGUUUUCAUCAAUUACUGUAUUCUACAUCAAAUAUACUGGUUGAAGUGAAUAUAUAUUUGAAAUGAAAGGAAAUUUGUUCAUGCAUUGGACAUACAUGAGAACAUCUCAUAUAAAAAAAAGUAUGUACAAUCAUUGAAUUAUGAACCAUCUUGCAGAAAAGGUAUCCAUAAAGCACUAGUGAUUUUUUAUACAUGUAUUUCAUUUGAUAUACAUGUACAGAUAUGAUAAGUAUUUUGUUUAUUUGACAGCAAAACUAGCUAAGAUAGAAAUGUAUCAAUUUUUUUUAGAAACAUGUAGCUGCAUAAUCAUUAGAAAAAUCAUCUGCUUGGAGCCAGAGGGGCUUUAACUCGUGUACUUUAAAUACAGAGUUGCUGAACGCCUUUCUGGCUUGGGACAGACGAUAUGUUUUAAAUGUGGUUGCCAGCUAGUGAUGUGCAUCCGGUCUACCCAAAAUACACCAUUACUCAUUGAAAUUAGUUUCUGUAGCUACCUGGUAUAGAGGCAAAUAGGCCUGAUGUUAUCAACAACUAAAGUACAUCAAUUUUUUCUUGAUCAUAACUGUCCAAGAGCAAUGCAUGGAUAAUUGAAAAUGUUAGAAGUUGGUUUAUAAGAGGCACUUUCGUGUAAUUGUUGUUCUCAAGGACCAUCAUGUGAUUAUAAAACAUAAACAAAAUCGAUGCUUUAGUGCUGUUGAAAUGUAACUUGGUCUUUGUCAUUGCUCAAAUAAAAUGAAUUUUAAUUAUUCCUGGUCAUCACUGAAUAGAUUCUUUAUGCAGUCUUACAUUAGAUGAUUAGUGCAUUGUAACUUUUUUUUAAAUCACCUACACUCUUUAUGUACAUUUAUACCAGGCAGCUUUUUUUAAAUAUAUUUAUGUUGAGUAUAAGAACAGUAAGCUAAAAAAGUUAUUUCACCAAAAUUCACCAAAAUUAAAUGUAGAUUAGUACACACAAUAAUACUUCUCUAUAGAAUCGUGUUUCUGUUCUUUUUUUUUGUAUACAUUUUGGUACAACAGUUAAGCCAUUUGAAUAUUCUUUUUUAUUAUUUUAAACAACCAUUUUCUUAGAUGUUGGCAUGGUUAAUAUUGAUGAAAUUUCUUAUUUGAUUACUUUAUUUUGUAAAGACCUCCUCCCCCCCCCCCCCCCAAAAAAAAACCCUGUUAAAAUUGUUAAGCAUUUAAAUGAUAUUGACAAUUUAGCUUCAAGUCUUGUCAUGUAACAUUGUACAAAUCAUAUAAUUUAUAAUGAAAACCUGCAAUUUAUUAUGUAACAACAAAGUGAUUACAUGUUUGUGGUUGACUAGUUAUUUCAGUUUUACCUGGACUUUCUUUUUGUAUGUUCAUGUACAGUAUAUGUCAAAUCUAUUGUAUUUCAGACUAGACUUCAUCGAUUGUGAAUGUGUUUUCUAUGAAAUUGAUCAAUGUUGUUUAAUAAUCUUUAUUUGUUAUGAUGCAUAUAUAAAACCUGAACCCUAACCAAUGCUUAGAAGGAAAAAAAACAAGAGUAUGGUUCUUCCUACUAUAGAAAGCAUAUUAUUGAAUACUCCAGUGUGAUGAUUUGUGGUUACAUGUAGGUAUAUUGACCAGAAGUAAAUAGAUGACCACAGUUAUUAUAUUUAGCUGCACUACAAUAUUACCAAGGAAAAUACUUUCUGUUGGUGUAUUUAUACGGAUUCACUGCAUUUAUCUUUGGAAAUUUGCAUAGAACUUGCUUGCUUGCGAUUUAAUCACAAAGAAAAAUCAGUUUAGCUCCAAAAAGUGAUAUGCAUGAAUGUAAAGCACAGCAACACUUGCCUACCCGAAAUUUAAAACUAACCAUUGUUUUAAAAAGCAAAUGAUUUCUUGAUGCAUGAAAAGUUCUCAUGUAUGACUUAAUCAUACUUGACGUUAUUUACUGGUAUGUGAAAAUAUAUUUAUGAAACAGAUUAAAUACUCCCACCUUCAACUCUCAUUUUAUUGCUGUUAUACAAAGGCAAAAUGUAUGUUUGAAAGAUCAAUACUGUUCCAUAUAGGCAGGCAUGGGCUGCCUUUAUGCCAACUUACAAUCAUCGAUAUUGGAGUCAUUAUAUUUGGUCGAUUAUGCCAGCAAAUUUGUAACCGAAUUGUAGGAGCUGCUAUUCAUUCUUUAAUAAAUGUUAUUUAACAGGGGCCUGGAGACAUGAAAUUAAGGAAAAUUUUUCCACUUUCCUUAUUAUAACUAGUGAUCGACUAGGUUUUGUCUAAUUUUUUUUUGGUGGUCUUUUCUUUUCUUCACAAAUUAUAUCUAAAAAAAAUGGGCACCGUUUGAAAAAUUGUACCCUGCCAUCAAAUGGGCAUUACUAACAUGCACCAAAGCUCUAUAGCCAUUUGUUAAACUGCUUGUAAAGUGGUCAUUAAUUCCUUUUUUGUAAGCAGUAGGAUAUGAUUUGCUCAAGCUUUUAAUAUUUUAGAAUUUGCUUAAUUAUACCUUGGCUUUGUGUGACAUUGUAAAAUUAUUUAUACUCUUUUAGUCGGUAAGGCACACUCACACUCUUAGACUGUAGCAAUCACAUCACUCGUGUAUUAAAAUGAUCAGUUGAAAAUAAAUGACUGGUACAACAUGUAUAUGUACUAAAAAA